GUGGUCAACCUUGUAAAGCUACGUCAUCUCUGCCAUGGAGUGUGUCAUCGCUUACAUCCUUACAAAAAGAGAGUUUUUGUCCUCAGGGAAAAUAGUGUCUGUUCCGAUGACGUCAUAGACAAUAACAAUGAGAUGACGUCAUAGAAUGGUUCCAUGACGACGUCUUAUUCGUCCAGCCAUGCAGUCGCCUUCACGAUAUCACAGUGAACAGACGUACAUUUAGUGCUCAUCCGAAACUUCGUUGUUUGAUGUUGUUGAGUGUCUUACUUCAUCACAAAGAUACUUGCCAAAGUCUAUAAGAUGGUCGUGUUGCCACAAGAACGGCUGAAACGUCGGCAGCUUCUUUCCCCCAUUCUUGAGGCGGGCGAGGGCGAAUCUAACCCAUCAAACGUGACACGGGCACAAAAGGAAUAUUUACUUGUUCAAUAUAUGGACUUAAAAUCCCAAGUCGGAGAUUUGGAGGAAAGCCUUCUUGAUCAUCUCUUCAAUGAGAACAAGAAACUCCUAGAAGAGAAUGAGCGACAGAGGCGAGAAGUGAGCCAUGAGAGAGAGUUGCGGCUGAAGGCCGAGGCUGAAAGACAACAGUUCCGACUAGACUAUUAUAACUAUAAACUCAGUUUCACAAUGGAGCAGGCUGAGCUCCGGGAAGUGAAGAAAACACUGGAGGAGCUGGCGGGAAUGUGGGAGACGGAGAAGAAGGCGGAGGAGGAACAGAGGAAGAAGCUGGAGGAAGAGCUGAAGCAGCUGAAGUCACACCAUCAGCUUGCUGUGCAUGAACUGGCUGCUCUCCAGCGCCACACUGCUCCUCUGACCUGUCAGACUCCCGGCAAGACACAGCCCAGUCUUCCCUCCGUGGCUCCUCCAGUUCAGCCGAAGAAGGCACACAGACCCUACACGGGACGAUCUAAGAACAAAGGUCUGAACAAUGCCUCAUCUGCCAAGUCGGACCUCCUCGCUUCAGGGGACAGCCUGAUCAAGGUCAAGGUUACAAAAGAAAACAAGGACAUGUCAAAGAACGGUGGCCGACUUAUGGCUAAAGAUUCAAAGCAGGGUCAAAUUCCUGCCAAGACACCAAUCCGAACAACCAAGCUUGUUUCUGUUACAAAGCAGACCCGGAAGAUGCGUUAAUGAAUUAAGACUCAUAAAAUCGUCCGUGUGAGUGUGUGUGUGUGUGUGUGCGUGCAUGUGUGCGUGCGUGCGUGCGUGCGUGCGUGCGUGUAGCAUUGAAAUUCGACAUUGUUGUAAACUAUGAACUCCUAAUUUCAAUCAGUAAGAAUAAUACACUUCACUGCUGAAAAAAGAUCCGCUUUUGUUAUUUCUGUAUGUGUUGGAAUGGACGACGGUGGGGUCACCUCGUGGUUAAAGUGUUCGCUCGCAAUGCCGACGACCCGGGCUCGAUUUUCGAAGUGGGUACAAUGUGUAAGCCAAUUUCUGGUGUCCCCCGUCGUGAUAUUUCUGGAAUAUUGCUAAAAGCGACGUAAAACCAAACUCACUCACCCACUCACUCACUCUAAUGACGGCGUUGUCCAAGAUAAACUGGUGCUUGUUAACAUCUAUCGACACCGACACCGUGAUAUUGCCA